AGAGAGUCACACUUUUUCUUUCCUUUUCCGGUCCCGGUGUGUGUGUCGGCCUCGGCGGGUCUGUCUCUGUAUGCAGCGUGCGCACGCACUAUUUCUAAUUUUCCACCCCCAGCCGGCCGGCGCGCGCGGGUUGCGGCGCGUCUCUGCCACUUUUUGCAUCCGUCAGACCAACAAAGUCGCAGCGACGAGCAGCAGGUCAUCUCCCCCCUUUUCUUUCUCUCCACAUCCACGCCAUCACAAUGUCAUCCGCAAGAGGGCCUUCCAGCGGCAACGGCAGCAGCAGCAGCAGCAGCAGCAAACUCGACGACUCGGAGCCGAGAUCGACAUAUGUCAACGUGCAGAAGCAGCUCAAGUACCUCUUCUUUGGUGGCCUCGGCCUUUGGUACUGGCAGGUCGAUGUCCAUCUCCGGGACGCGCUCGAGGCGCCUGGAUGGGGCCGGCAUCUGGCCGUGCUCUCGCUCGCGCUCGUGGGCACCACCAUUGCCCUCUUCGGCUACUUGAUGCUCCUCCCUGCACGAGGAAGGGAGGUUGACUUCAUCGAAUGGAACCGCGACGAGCGGCUGCGAAAGGUGAUCCCGAUCCUGACUGCAUGCAUCGUCGGCGGCUUCGUCACCCUCGUCAUCACCCUGAGCCCGCUGUGCGCUCCCUCGCCCCCCUCGCCUGCGCUCUCGCAGCGGCUGCUCGAGGCCACGCAGGCCGCCGGUGGCAACCUGCAAAAGGCCUCAUCGGGCAUCCAGCUCCUCCUCACCGACGCCGCCCGCUCCCUGGGCCUGGCCUCAUCGAGCCAAGCCUCGUCGUCGGGCAGCCUCGACGUCGACGUCAAGUCGCUUCUGCGCACCCUGCGCCUGCCCGACGGCGACGCCCUCGCCGGCCGCCUUGGUGUCUCGCCAGACCGGACAAAGACGCUGCUCAGCACCCUCGACCGCUACCAGGCCCGCGCCCAGGCGUGGAAGGAGGGCAACCUCAGCGUGCUCGGCUGGACGGGCGCCGUCAUUGGCAGCGGCUCCACCUUUGUCACCGUCUUUGGCGCCAUGGGCCUCCUCGGCCUCUUUGCGCCCCGCCCUGCCGCCAAGGCGAAGCGCCACUCGCUUUGAUCCCUUCUCCUUUCCUCUCUCUCUCUGUCUCUCCCUUCUCUGCUUGUACCCAUACCACUCCGCUCCUCUCCAUCCUCAAGGACAGCUUCUUUGUGUCCGCUGAGCCUUCCGAAUCCUGGUCUUGCUAAUUGACGAUGUCUUUUGUCUGCGUUCA